AUGGUCUCAAAAAAGGGUGAAUAUUAUGUGGAUAGAUCAACUGGUAUUCUGUACUUAUGGCCAAAUACACCAACUGGAACAUUAAAACAAACAGAUCUAGUUUACGUGUCUUUACUACACAACUGUAUUCAAUUAGCUCCAGGUGUUAACAACAUUAAUUUUGAAGAUUUCACCCUGGAAGCAUGUCGUCGCUAUGGUAUUGCAGGAAUCAGCUCAACUCAUGUGAAGAUUGCCAAUCUUGAAAUCAGAAACACGGGAUCGUAUGGUGUUAAUUGCGAUAAAGAUUGUAGAUCGGUAACUGUAUCUAGAUGUGAUAUACAUGAUACUGAUGGCGGUGUCAGCCUCACAGGUGGCAACAGAGUUAAAUUAGAGUCAUCAGGAAACGUUGUAGAAGAUAACCACAUUUGGAAAUUUGGUCGAGCUACUCAAGUUGGUGCAAAUGGUAUUAGUCCACAAGGAGUAAAUAUUUUAAUGAGAUAUAACUAUCUUCACGAUGGCCCCUACACCUGCAUCCGAUGGGCAGGCAACGAUCACAUUAUGGAAUAUAACCAUUUUAGUAAAUGCUGUCAUGAUUCCAGUGAUUGUGGUGCCAUACAUGCUGGUAGAGACUGGACGAUGAGAGGUAAUGUAAUACGAUACAACCAUGUUCAUGAUACUAUAAGACAUUGGCCUGGUGCUCCAGUACGUGGUGUUAUGUUAGAUGACCAGUAUUCUAGUGUCAACAUCGAGUAUAACGUCUUCUACCAUAAUGAAAUACACACCAAUAUAGGAGGUGGUCGUGAUAAUAUUGUCAGAUAUAACGUAUUUUAUGAUGCUAGAAGUUCAUCGAUGCAAGUCGAUGGUCGUGGGAUAUCAAAGAACAGCCACCCAGGAUGGCUUUAA